AUGCCUAAACCAAGUCCUCAUUCCAAGUACUCUGUUCUUAGAACAUGGGCACUUUUCAGUCCACUCGAGAAACGCAAUAUAGCCAUUUAUAUUGGAGGAAUGAUGCUCUAUAAGUUUGGCCUGGAAGCAUUCAGUGGCUCUAUCAUCACUCUUGCCACAAACCGCUAUGACAACGAAGCCAAACUUUCCAACACAGCCCCACAAACAUUCUUCAAGGUUGGUCUCUUGACAGGACUCAACCAGGCAUUCCAAUGCGUCGGCUCAAUUCUGAUCGCACCUCUAAUGAAGCACUGGCCUACCAAAUCCGUCCUAUCACUAGCCAUUGUCGUAUUUGGCCUCUUUAGUGCUAUCCUACUCAUUGUCGAUGCUGGGACCGGUGGGAGAAUAAAGCCCUUAAACUGGAACCAAACACACCCAAGCGACGAUUGGUCGUACUACGGAAAAUACAAUACAAACGGUAUCAUACCCAUCUACUGUGUGGCAGGCAUAGCAUAUGGCAUGGUCGAACUCAUCCGCCGAAUCAUCCCCCGUGACAUUGUUGGCGGCGACAUUCAAAAGCUCCGAAGAAUGAACGCUCUCGUGGAGAUAUUCUACGAGAUCGCGGGCACGGGAGGAGCCUUCUGCACUGCUCUCGCACUGAUCCCUAAAUUCGGGAAUAAUAUGGCUUUCAUGAUUACGCCGAUCUGUUUUACUCUCGCUUCCAUUACUUGGUCCUUCAUAUCAUCUCUCGAGUUCAAAAAACCUCCGAAGUCACUUCUAUCUGGAAAGCCAGCAUAUAUCAAGGCUCUUAGUGGAUUUUACCUCUUUGGGGAGUCUAUCUGGGUAGGAGCCAAGAUAGUCCUCACGUCCCGAAAGUUCAUCUGGCUGCUCCCCGGGUACAGCUUCGCGCUUUACGCGAACCGGUAUCUCGACGAUACAGUCGCUACCCUAGUUGCCCGCCGCUACCUCGGAAACUCAGCAUGGUCACAAAUCAUGGUCGGCGGUUCCACGUUCGGCGAACUUUUUGGCGCUCUAUUCAUCUUCGUUUUCACGAAUUCGAUACCAACGCCCAUUCCCUGGUUGAGAUUAAAUGCAUUAUUACUUCUGAUCGCGUGGUACCUACCAUUCUGGUGGGUGCCCACGGGCAGAGUAACAGAUGCUUGGAUCGUGGCUGCGACGUUUAUACCGAUCUCGUUUGGCUGGGCAGCUGGGGAGGUCUCUCUCAUUGCGUAUAUCCAAGCUCUGCUGCACCGCAAAGAAAACGAAACAGACAACGUCUCUCCUUUGGGUGCAGUGAUGGCUUUCCUAUACUGUACGUUCAUCGUUAUCGACGCUAUCUGCUCCUCGGUUCUGGGUAGCUAUAUUGAUCGCGUGAGUGCCGCAAAUACGAACGAUUUUGCGAGAGGGAAGGUUGCGGCAAAGGGGUAUCCGGAUGGGUAUAUUAAUGCGAGGCCGGCGGUGUUUAAUGUUGCUGGUGUGCAGUUCAUGGUCAUUGCGGGGGUUUUGUUGCUGGCUACGCUGAUUCCGAGGGGGGCGUGGAGUUUUAAUCCGAAAGAGCUUUAUGGAGAAAGUUUGCAAGAUGAGGAGAGUUUCGAGACUUUGGAGAUGGUAGGGGAGAAGAGUACUUCUGAGGUCACUGGGAAGGACACAGAUGUUGAGAUUAGUUCAGUUUGAUCUUAUGGUGAUUUGCAAAGAAGAAGAAGGAAA